AAUACAUUCAAAUCGUUUUCAUCUAAACAGGAAUGGAAAUAGAAGGCCGAAUAGAAGAUAACAGGCCGAAGGUCACCUGCUGCAUAGCUACUGAGCCUAGGCCAGCUGUAAACAAAAUCCUUUUGCAGAAGAUGGCCGUGAGCAGAAAAUACAAAUAGGUACAACUAACAUGCAUUGUAACAGGUUAACUUGAUUAUAUCCAAACAAAUCGUUAAUAAGUCAUAUUUAGAAGAAUGAUUCACCCGCGGAUUGAGUCUAUGGCCAGGCUUAUUGCCAAUUCUUCAUAUCGUUUCCAACUUACAGAUACCGAAAGAAUGUACUUUGAAGUGAGGGAGAAAUUGUGUAAAAAAUACAAAAAGGAGUACACACUGGAAUUCCAUGCAGAUACAUCAGGGGUACGAGGGCUUGAAGCUUGUGAAUUAAUUGUUUCUAAACUACAGCUGCCACUAACUGCUGAAGAGUUCUAUAACCAGUCAAAGGAGCUAUAUCAGAAGGAAUUUCCUUCUGCCAUUCUGAAACCAGAUUCAGAGCCGGUUUACUAUAAGGCUCAGUCAAAAAUCCUAGAACGUUUUGGAAAAAAAUACACCGAUGAUAUGCGUCAUAAGAUAAUGGGAACCAGAGAGAUGGAUACUGGCAGAAUUUUUAUAGAAGAGGCUAAACUACCUAUUACUCCACAAGAAUUCAUGGCCAUGCAAACUGAGGAAAUUAGAGUUGAAAUGCCCAAAGUUCCUUUGAUGCCAGGAGCAGAAAGGCUUAUUAGGCAUUUACACAGUCAUAAAAUACCUAUGGCUGUAGCUACAAGCAGUAGUCGCGGACAUAUUGAAUUGAAAUUUACAAAUCAUCAAGAUCUCUUUUCUUUGAUGGACCAUGUUGUGUCCGGUACCAGUGAUGAAGAAGUCAAGAACGGCAAGCCAGCCCCUGAUAUCUUUCUAGUGUGUGCCUCUAAAUUUCAAGACAGUCCACUGCCAGAAAAAGUUUUGGUAUUUGAAGAUGCCCCUAAUGGAGUACUUGCUGCUCGGGCUGCAGGUAUGCAGGUGGUAAUGGUACCAGAAGAUCAUAUACCUGAGGAAAAGCGUUCUCAGGCCACCCUUGUCCUUCCAUCCCUUGAAGUAUUUCAGCCUGAAUUGUUUGGGUUACCACCCUUCUAAUAAAUACAUAAAUGUUAUUAAUAAUGUAUGUUGUGCUGUAUUUUUGUAUAUAUGUACAGCAGUUUAGAAAAAUAUAGUUUAUCUUUUGUUGCAAAAAUUGAUUAUAGUAUAAUGAUUUAUUUUAUACAAAAUACCCGGUGAUGACAUACAUAUGGAAGAGAGAUUUUUUGUGAAAAGAAUGGAAUAUAAUGACAUGGUAUUUGAAUUAAGGGUUUUAAAAGAGGGCAUCAGUCAACAAACAUCUUUGAUUCAUUUGACCUUGUAGGAAAAUAUUUAUAGGAACCUGGACAUCAUCAACUGCAUUUUCCGUUAGUAUUUUGAAAUAUAACAUGAAUACUUUGGGAGAUAUUGUAAUAAAAUUUCAAACAAAUAAUUAGUGUUCUUAAUCCUCUCUGAUAGUACUUUUAACCCAUUAAUGCUCAGCAGUCUAGUUGACAUUUUUCUUGUUUUUGUGUGUUAUUUUACUCAGGACCAUUUUAAUGGUAUUCUCUGGAAACUUCUUUUAAUGAAAUAAUUAUAUGCGUCGUCAUUACCAACAAUAUUAGUUGUUAAUAUUGUUGGCAACGGAGACGCAUAUAAUUAUUUCAUUAGAAAUGCCAACGAUAACUUACC